AAGCCGGGUAGACGCCUCCGCUAGGGGCCGGGGGCAAAGUGCGGGGACAGGGCUCGGGUAGGUCCUCGGCAGGCGAGGUUCGGCGUAGGAGCGCCCUCCUGCAGCGAGACGAGGCCGGGAGACCAGAUUAGGAGAGUCGCGAGUCCCUUUGUCUGCUCUCGGCAGCGACGCGCUGGGCGGGGAGGGGGAAGGGAGCGCCGGUUCCCACCCCGGAAGCGGAAGUGCGGGCGCCGCGGAGUCCUGUCCAGUGAGAGCCCGGCCGGUACGCCAGCCGUUCCGCCCGCUGGUCACUUCGCGCCUUCUCCGCUGCUCGUUUCCCCUCGCCGGCCGCGCCAUGCUGUCUCUAGAUUUUUUGGACGAUGUGCGGCGAAUGAACAAGCGGCAGCUGUAUUAUCAAGUCCUAAAUUUUGGAAUGAUUGUCUCCUCGGCACUAAUGAUCUGGAAGGGGCUAAUGGUCAUAACUGGAAGUGAAAGUCCAAUUGUAGUGGUGCUCAGUGGCAGCAUGGAGCCAGCAUUUCAUAGAGGAGAUCUUCUCUUUUUAACAAAUCGAGUUGAAGAUCCCAUCCGAGUGGGAGAAAUUGUUGUUUUUAGGAUAGAAGGAAGAGAGAUUCCUAUAGUUCACCGAGUCUUGAAGAUUCAUGAAAAGCAAAAUGGACAUAUUAAGUUUUUGACCAAAGGAGAUAAUAAUGCCGUUGAUGACCGAGGCCUCUAUAAACAAGGACAACACUGGCUAGAGAAGAAAGAUGUCGUGGGGAGAGCAAGGGGAUUUGUUCCUUAUAUUGGGAUUGUGACGAUCCUCAUGAAUGACUAUCCGAAAUUUAAGUAUGCAGUGCUCUUCUUGCUGGGUUUAUUCGUGCUGGUCCAUCGUGAAUAAGAAGUCUGCCUUGCUGUUCCUGGAAGAUGCCGUACUUUUCGUUCCUGAAUGUUUGGCGUAGAUAUUGGUCUCUGAUUGGUGGAGUGCAGAAUGCACAUGUUGGCGCUUCUCAGUAGCAACGGUUUGCAUUAGUUUCUGUUUCCACACUAGGGUACGUGUGGGCGGGUGCACGGGCACCAUGGCGCGCACUCGAGGGGACUCUCAAUCACAGGAUUUCAUGUGUUGUCAUUGUCACACUUUCACAUUUUUGUACAUCAGUGAAUUUUUUUAUAUUAAAAGGUUGAGCCAAAGCCCCCAGUGUUUGUAUUUUGAAGCCAAGCUUCACUUCUAAAGUGCCUACAGAGUUCUGUAAAUGAAAAUGCAACUCUGCACGAGUUUGAAACCGUCAUUCCUCCGUAUAAGAUGGGAAUGGCAUAUCCUGAGGUGGUCGUAAGUCUUAACUUUUCAAAUUUUAAAUAAAAGACUUUGCAUAUUGAA